AUGGCGCUAGGGGCCUUAUCGUCUCCGGAGACGACUGAACAGGCUGCAAGAAUUUAUCAAGAGGCGCGAACCAUGCUUGAUAUCUGUGAGAGGCAGGAGAGUGGGGAAUCUCUUACCAGUAUCAACAUUUUACAGGCAUGUGCCCUUCUGACAUUAUAUGAGCUAAAGCGGCCAAAUCAGGCCCGUGCUUGGAUGACUCUUAGACGUGCUAUUGGUCUAAGCAAAAUCAUGAGUCUAGAACAACCCGAGGGUCCCUCAAAUCAGCCAGUUGAAGAUUGGAACCUGCCAACAAAACUCCGUCCUUUUGCCUCUGACUCCUGCGAGGCAGAGGAGAGACGACGAUCCUUCUGGAUACUAUACAUACUUGAUGCUAUCUCAAGUCUGCGCAUUAAUACGAGGCCGACGCUUGAGAAACAGCUUCGAGGUUUCAUUGUCCUUACCUAG